AGAGGCCGCGCAGCAAAAGAGAGGCCACCAGGGGAGCGAAGAGGAUAGCUUUCCCCGUCCUCGCCGCCGGCGCCGAUGGCCGCGACACCCGCAGCCGCCAUUGUCCUCCACCGCGUGCUCGUCGCACGCUCCGCUGCCGCCAUCCCCCUCCACCGUGCGCCGGCGCCGGCGCCGCGCGGUCCCGCCUCCAUCUCGGUGGCGCCGCCGAGGAGACGGCGGUGGCGUGGCCCGCUCCGGUCGCUGCCUCCCGAAGGAGCUCCGGCCGAGCUGAUGGAAGAGGACUCCAAGUUCGUGCCGUUGAACGCGGAUGAUCCGAUGUACGGCCCACCGGCGCUAUUGCUUAUCGGAUUUGAUAAAGGCGAAACUGACAAGAUUCAGGCCUUCCUGAAAGAGCUUGAAGGUGAAUUCCUCAAGGUGAUUCAUUGUACCGAGGAGAUGACAAAGCAAACCUUGUGGGAUGCCAUGCACACUGAGCAGCCUAAUUUAGAAGCUGUGAAGAUUGCAGACUCACUGCCAAGGAUAUGCGUAUUUUCUGGUCUGACUGGUGAGGAGAUGAUGAUGUUCAUCAACGCCUUCCCAGAAACUGGGUUGGAACCUGCUGCUUUUGCUGCACUUGUUCCUAACAGUGCGGAGAAGGUUCUCUGUGAGGUGAUUGAGGAAAUAAUGGGUGACCAUGAGAUGCUGACAGGAAAGAACACUGAGUGAAGAGAAUCUGAAGUAGCAAAUGGGCGAAGCAGAAUGACAAGGCCUAUGAAGAACAUUCAGGAACACUGGAGAAACCAUGAAACGACCUCCUGAAAUCACCAAGUGCUAGGAUUCUAGGAUUGUUAAUGGAUCGUGAAGCCCCGGAUCGGAGAAGAAGGAUUGAGAGGGAAUUCGUGAAGACCCGGCCCAAUGGUCGGAAGGGCCCAAGGCCUUGCUAGAAUUAACACUAACUUAGUGUUACCCUCAGGUAUAUGUGCUAACUAGGUUUCACAUCGGUGGGCUCGAUGUUACGCCUUGUCUUCACGUCUCGGUAGUCCUCGACUUAUUUAGUUUGUUUUAUUUAUUCUCUAGUAAAAAUGCUCUGUAAGUCAGAUUCUCUUUCGCUGUUAUCUUUUUUUUGUAAAUUUUAAAUUUAAAGCUGUUUUUUGUAAAAGUCCUAAUAUUAUUUACAUUUUUUUGUAACUUUAUAUCUUGCUGGUAA